AUGGCCCCAUCCGACCUCAACCUCCUGCUCGAGAUGGGCUUCGACAAAGCCCGCGCCGAGCUCGCGAUAAAGAGAGCUGGUGCUCUGAACCAAGCUCUCGAGUGGCUCGAAGCGAACCAGGACAAACCCCUCGACGAGCUCCUCGCCGAAGACAAGGUGAAGCAGGAAGAAGAGGAAGAAGAUGAAGAGUCCAAGAUUAUCGUAGACUCUACAGGAGAGGCGGGAAUGAAAUCUCUUGUGUGCAAUGAAUGCGGCAAGCAGUUCAAGAACGCGGAUUUCGCCUCUUACCACGCCACCAAGAGCGGCCACACCGACUUCUCCGAAUCUACCGAGGAGAUCGCCCCUCUGACGGAGGAGCAAAAGGCAGCCAGACUGGAAGAACUCCGACAGAAACUCAAGGCGAAGCGCGAGAACCAAGCCGUUCUUGACCGCGAAGAGGCCAAGCGCAACGAGAAAAUCCGAAUGAAAUCUACCAGGGAUCAACAGGACAUCAAAGAAGAGCUCCAACGCAAAGAGCAGAUAAAACAAGCCGCGAAAAAACGCCAGGAGAAGCUCGAUGACAUGGAAGCAAAGAAGCGUAUCAGGGCCAAGAUCGAAGCCGACAAGGAGGAACGCAGGCGCAAGGCCGAAGCGGAAAAGGCUGCUCGAGAGGGACGGCCUGUAGAGACGAGCCCGCUCGCAUCUGCUCCCGCAGCAGCAGCAGCAGCUCCGUCCGCUAAGAAGGUUGAUCACAACGAAGCGAGGCUGAAGCUGCAGACUAGCAAGGGACCCGUCAUGAAGACGUUGUCUGCCGAUACUACGCUCUUCGAGCUCGCGCAAUUACUUGAGUCCGAGCAGUCUGUCCGGGUUACAAGUUUCUCAACGACUUUUCCGCGCAAGACGUUCGAGGGACAGAUCGAUUUUGGAAAGACGCUGAAGGAGGCAGGUCUGACCCCAUCGGCUGUGCUGAAUGUAAAGUAG